CCGCUUCCGCGCCGGCCGCUCCCCGACCCGCGGCCGCUCUCGGGCUGCGGCUGGGUCUCGCGCGUUUGGGCGCGGCUGGGUCUAUUCGUGAGAGGCCUCGCGCCGCCCGGCGCACGCCGUCCCCCUGCCUCGCGGCGCGGGGUCUCGUGGGCCCCGCUCCCGCCCUCCGCUCGCCUGGCCCGGACCGGAAGCGGCGCCGCACGGCCUGGGCCUGGCGCGGGGGGCGGGCACCGGGGCCCGGUCGGACAUGGGCAAGAAGCACAAGAAGCACAAGUCGGACAAACACCUCUACGAGGAGUAUGUAGAGAAGCCCUUGAAGCUGGUCCUCAAAGUGGGGGGAAACGAAGUCACCGAGCUCUCCACGGGCAGCUCCGGGCACGACUCCAGCCUCUUCGAAGACAAAAACGAUCAUGACAAACACAAGGACAGAAAGCGGAAAAAGCGAAAGAAAGGAGAGAAGCAGGUUCCGGGGGAAGAAAAGGGGAGGAAACGGAGACGAGUCAAGGAGGAUAAAAAGAAGCGAGAUCGGGACCGUGUGGACAAUGAGGCAGAAAAAGACCUCCAGUGUCAGGCCCCUGUAGGAUUAGACUUGCCUCCUGAGAAGCCUCUUGCAAGCUCUUUAGCCAAACAAGAAGAAGUGGAACAGACACCCCUGCAAGAAGCUUUGAAUCAACUGAUGAGACAACUGCAGAGAAAAGACCCAAGUGCUUUCUUUUCAUUUCCUGUGACUGAUUUUAUUGCUCCCGGCUAUUCCAUGAUCAUUAAACACCCAAUGGAUUUUAGUACCAUGAAAGAAAAGAUCAAGAACAAUGAUUACCAGUCCAUAGAAGAACUAAAGGAUAACUUCAAACUAAUGUGUACUAAUGCUAUGAUUUAUAACAAACCAGAGACCAUUUAUUAUAAAGCUGCAAAGAAGCUAUUGCACUCAGGAAUGAAAAUUCUUAGCCAGGAGAGAAUUCAGAGCCUGAAGCAGAGCAUAGACUUCAUGGCAGACUUGCAAAGAAGUCGAAAGCAGAAAGAUAGAACAGACACCUCGCAGAGUGGGGAGGACAGCUGCAGCUGGCCGAAAGAGAGGGAAGACUCUGGAGACACUGAGGCACAAGGCUUCAAGAGUCCCAAUAAGGAAAAUAAAAAGAAAGACAAAGAUGUACUCGAAGAUAAAUUUAAAAGCAGUAAUUUAGAAAGAGAGCAGGAGCAGAUUGACCGCAUUGUUAAGGAAUCUGGAGGAAAGCUGACCAGGCGGCUUGUUAAUAGUCAGUGUGAAUUUGAAAGGAGAAAACCAGAUGGAACAACAACAUUGGGACUUCUCCAUCCUGUGGAUCCUGUUGUAGGAGAACCAGGCUACUGCCCUGUGAGACUGGGGAUGACGACUGGAAGACUUCAGUCUGGAGUGAAUACUUUGCAGGGGUUCAAAGAAGAUAAAAGGAACAAAGUAACUCCAGUGUUAUACUUGAAUUAUGGACCCUACAGUUCUUAUGCACCACAUUAUGACUCCACAUUUGCAAAUAUCAGCAAGGACGAUUCUGAUUUAAUCUAUUCGGCCUAUGGGGAAGACUCUGAUCUCCCAAGUGAUUUCAGCAUCCACGAGUUUUUGGCCACAUGCCAAGAUUAUCCGUAUGUUAUGGCAGAUAGUUUACUGGAUGUUUUAACAAAAGGAGGACAUUCUAGAACCCUGCAAGAGUCGGAGAUGUCAUCUCCUGAAGAUGAAGGCCUGACUAGGACGCUGGACACAGCAAAAGAAAUAGAGCAGAUUACAGAAAUCGAACCAACAGGGCAUUUAAACUCCAAUAAUCAAGACAGGCUUAUAGCACUGAAAGCAGUAACAAACUUUGGAGCUCCAGUUGAAGUUUUUGACUCUGAAGAAGCGGAAGUGUUCCAGAGGAAACUUGAUGAGACCACCAAGCUGCUCAGAGAGCUGCAGGAAGCCCAGAAUGAGCGUCUGAGCACCAGACCCCCCCCCAACAUGAUCUGUCUCUUGGGUCCCUCAUAUAGAGAAAUGCAUCUUGCCGAACAAGUGACCAAUAACCUUAAAGAACUUGCACAGCAAGUAACUCCAGGUGAUAUUGUAAGCACAUAUGGAGUCCGAAAAGCGAUGGGGAUUUCCAUCCCCUCCCCAGUCGUUGAAAACAACUUUGUAGAUUUAACAGAAGAUUUUGAAGGAGCUAAGAAGACUGAUGUUACUGAGUGUGGACCUGAUGGGAUUUGAAGCUAACUGGUAUUUGAUUAUAUAUUAUGUAUAUAUAUUUUUCAUUCUUAACUUGGAAAUGCUUUUCAGAAGAUAUUAAAUAUUUGUAAAUUGUGUUUUUAAUUAAACUUUGGAACAAUUAAUUUUAAUGUUCCAGAGAUUGGACUUCUGUUAGGUAAUAAAGCUGACCCUGGGACUGUGA